CCAGUUUCCCCGUUUCCUUCCAUCCCCGCCUAGACCCCCAACUUCGCGCGGGGGCCGGGGAGCAAAACGAACCCCCCAGAACCCAACCAUCUCGCCGUGCGGAUUCCCAGGCUCUAUCCCUAGGGUCCUUGCAAUCGGCACGCCCUCCCGCCGCCGCCACCAAUGGGGAAGCGGCCGCCGGUCGUCGUCCUCUCAUCUUCCUCCGGCGAAGAUGACAGAGGGGGGCGCCGCGGCCCUUCAGCGCGGAGGUCGAGGACGCCUGCGUCGGCGCCGGCGCGGUCGCAGUUUCAGGCAGCGAGCGGCUCGAGGAAAAAGCCGCGCCGCGAGAGCAGCGCGGGGAGAGGCCGCCGCCGCUGCUCGGAAUCCGCGGCUUCGGACUCCUUGAAGGCUGAAUUUGAUAUGCUCUCUGAAGAUUUUUCAGAAUGUUUUGAUGACUUGGGCAUGUCAGGAUCCAUACGGAAAACAAAAGAGCUUUGGGUUGACAAGUAUACGCCCCGCUCAUUAGCAGAGCUUGCUGUUCAUAAAAAGAAGGUUGAAGAUGUAAAGAAAUGGUUGGAAGAAAUGCUGAUGGCACCAAAGACAAUUAGAGAUACUAAUAGUGCAAAGACAAAUUUGCAGCAAACAGUUGGAGGAUGGACUCUUGUCCUAACUGGGCAAACUGGUGUUGGAAAAUCCGCAACCGUGAAAGCGAUUGCUGCUGACCUUGGAGCGGACUUAUGUGAGUGGACAACUCCAGUACCAACACUAUGGGCUGAACAUCUUCAUGCUAAUUCAGGAUUACGCUAUAUAUCCAAGCUGGAAGAAUUUGAAAACUUUGUGGAGAAGAUAAGAAAAUAUGCAAUGCUUCGUCCAACGAGCACCAAAUCCAAAAGAAAGCUCAUUAUUAUUCUGAUUGAUGACAUCCCUGUAACAAGUGGAAAUGCUGCUUUUGCAAGACUAGGAAAAUGCUUAACUGGUUUGAUUCAAAGUACCCAAGUACCAACUGUCAUUUCACUUACUCACUAUCACAAAAGUGAGAGUAACGAUACUGCAAUGUGGAACUCUGAGGACCUUGAGUCCUUACUUCAAGGUGCUGGCGCUCAUAAGAUUGCUUUCAAUCCGGUAACCACAAAUUCGAUCAAGAAAAUUCUUAUUCGAAUAUGCAAAGAAGAAAUAUAUGAUGCACCUGAAGAACUACUGCAUCAAAUAGCAAUAUCCAGUGGAGGUGACAUCAGACAUGCAAUAAUGUCUCUUCAAUAUUAUUGUCUUGAUCCUAGAAGGCAUAGUUCUGCACUGGCAACAAGUGCUACUCGUGCUGGUUCAAAGAGACGUGAUUCUCUGGUUCCACGGCAGGAGAGCUAUGGCCUCAGCAGUGCACUACCCUCUCCAUGUGGAAGAGACGAGACUCUUACACUAUUUCAUGCAUUGGGGAAAUUUUUGCACAAUAAGAGGGAAACUAAUUGUGAUUUUGAUAUCGACCUGGAUCCAUUCCCUCUCAAAGAAAAACUGAGAAGAAAUUCACUCAAAAUGGAUGUUCCUGAAAAGAUUCUUUCACAAGCACACGGAAAAGUACGGACAGUCACAGAUUUCCUACAUGAAAAUGUUCUUGAUUUCAUUGAUGAUGAAGCUGUUGAUGAUGCGUGGGUUGUGGUAUCAUAUUUGAGUGAGGCAGACUGUCUUCUUACUGGUAGUCUAUUCACGUCAUACAACUCAGAAAAUAUGGCGCAACUCAUUGCUGCAUCUGUUGCAGCACGAGGGGUUCUUUUUGGAAAUGCUCAUGUGGCUCCCUCAAGGUGGCAUACUAUCCGUAGCCCGAAGCUUUGGCAAACUGAGCAGUCAUUUCGAUCUAAUAAGGACCAGGUUUUAAAGGAAAGAUUUGAUUGUUCAAGUUCCUGUGUUUCCUGCAACUUCUCUGACAUUGUCACAGAAUUCAGACCCUUGGAGAGAUGGAUUGGUCCCCGCAACGAUGAGCCUAGGAGCAGCUUACUGCCUCAUGGCAUAGGUGGCUCGCUCUUGGUCGAUAAACUCGAUGCUGAUGGAAAUCACGAUGAAGAAGAUGAUGACGAGAUAGAAGAAUGCUAAAAGUUAGAUCAUGCAUCCUUACUGCUUUAUCCUAUGAGACGCCAUCACGUCGUUGCUGGAUGCUGCAUAGCAGAUUUUGUAGCGGUCCACUUUAAAGAUUCCAUUGAGUUCAGUUUUGGGAGGCCUGCCAUCUUUGCAUACCAAAUCCAAGGUCGAAAAGACAGCACCAGAUUUUUCAGUGACCUCACAUCCUGAAGCAGCAUGUUCAAUCGAGCAAGUUCUUUUUUAUUUUGAUUGAUCACUGAUGCGGUUGUUGAAGACUGGAGCGAGCAAUGCAGUAGGAUCUUUUUCACCAAAUGUAAGGCAGGUGUCGAUGGAUGUUCAUUUUGGCGAGCUGAUUUAUCAUGUUCAUAUCUACCAUGAUGACUGACCCUACAGAAUCAUUUAUGAUCUAACAUGCAAAUCAUCUGAUCGGGUUUCUUCCA